AGUUUGAGUCACGUGUAUCUAAGCGCAGUGACAGUGGGAGUGACACUGGGCAGCGUGACGCUCGUGAACACCCCCGGCGUGCCGCAGCGGCAGAUUCGGAUCGGUGAGACACACUUGUGGAAGAACAUGGGGGACGACUUGGGCGACGAGUGGUGGAACCACGAGUCCAAUUCAGAUGUGCCUGAAGAAGAGGAGGCGACUGAGCCACAAGCAAAGCCGACGGAAGACGCCAGGAAAAAAGGGGCGAAGAGGAAGAGUGGAUCAGAAAAGACAGUGAAAGCAAAGAAGAAGAAGAGCAAUGAGCAGAAGGAGGCUGUUGUUCCACACACUGACGCUGCUGACAAGUCUGCGGCCCCAAAAAGGAAGCGGAAGAGGAAGAAGAAAACCAUCACCGACGUUCUGGCCUCCUCCGAACCCAAGGCCGGCUCGGCCUCCGACCUGCAGAGCAUUCUGGCCCAGCACUUCUCAGACAAGCGCUCCGUGAUCGAGCAGGAGGAACUCAAGCUGGCAGAUUCCUGCUUCCUGACCAGCAACGACCUGACCCACAGCCUCUCGUCCUAUCUGAAGCUGGUCUGUCCCAAGUGGUCCAAGGUCCAGAAGCAGCACACGGAGAAGAGCUCAGUGGUGCUGCUGCUGGUCUGCAGCUCGGCGCUCCGGUGCAUCCAGCUCAUCAAGCUGCUGACCGCGUUCCGGGGUGAAGCCAAAGUCCUGAAGCUUUUCGCCAAACACAUAAAGGUGGAGGAGCAGGUGAAGCUGCUGCAGAAGUCGGUGACACACGUCGCGGUGGGGACCCCCGGCAGGAUCGGCGCCCUGGUGGAGAGAGAGGGUUUAAGCCUGAGCGCGCUGCGGUACCUGGUCCUGGACUGGAACUGGAGGGACCAGAAGCUGAGGAGGAUGGUGGAUAUUCCUGAGGUGAAGCUGGAUCUCAUGAAGCUGCUGGACUCCGGCGUCAUCCAGCGCUGCAGAGAAGACAAAGUCAAGAUUGGACUUUUUUAAACGUGGAGACACUUUAGUUUUUACCGAGUUGCUCCAGAUGUUUGUUCACGGCGACCCCAGGAAGCCCCUCCCACUGCCAGCGUGAGGUCAUGAGUCCAACAAGAGGAAGCCGCGGUCGUCUCAACUUCCUGCCGUGACAUAUUUAACAUGUUAUUUUAGGACUCCACGAUGUCACGGGUCGAGGAUCUGUUCAGAGUGUGUUUAGUUGGUGCAACAUGGUGGAGCUGUGGUG